AUGCCGCUAUCUGUUGGUAUGGUUUACGAACGUAUUUCUACCGAACCAGCCGACGUUUCAAUUCUUGGAACCCCUUUGACAUUUCGCAACACCCGCAAGGCAAAGAAUCGUUUUUUAAAGGCUGCAUUGACGGAAAGACUGAGCACAUGGAACGAUGAAGAUCUUUCAAAGAGGGGUAUACCGACACAGGAGUUGAUCAACAUCUACGACAAGUGGGGAAAUGGUGGAUAUGGUGUCGUCCUCACCGGAAAUGUAGCAGUUGAGCCGCGAAACUUGGAGAGUGCUGGAAAUGCGAUAAUAUGCAGAGAGAAUGAUUCACCACAAUUACGAAAAGCAUUUAAGGAAAUAGCCAAAAUUUCAAAGCAGGAUGGAGCCCUCAUCAUUAUGCAGAUUACCCAUGUUGAUUACGCUGUUAAAGCUUUUUUCACGAGAAAAUUACUUUCGCCAAUAUUUCAGGCCGGUCGACAAACCCCUGUAGGAGUAAAUGAGUAUCCGUAUUCUUCCUCGGAUGUGCAACUAUUGGGCUCUGGUAUACAGUGUGGUAAACCCAUACCUCUGGCUCUGGAUCAGAUUAAAACCGAAGUUGUUGAUCGUUUCGUUUAUGGAGCUAAGGUAGCAUAUGAAACAGGAUUUGAUGGGAUUCAGCUUCAUGCAGCUCAUGGUUAUCUCCUUUCACAGUUUCUUUCUCCUACUACCAAUAAACGAACUGAUAGAUAUGGCGGUUUGCUGGAGAACAGAGUUCGAAUAAUUGUGGAAAUCUUCAAAGCUAUCAGGAAAGAGAUACCAGCAGCGACGGGCUUCAUUGUUGGAAUCAAGAUAAAUUCUGUAGAGUUUCAAGAUGAGGGAUUAACAACUGAAGAUGCUAAAAAGGCCUGUGCAAUUUUAGAGGAUUGCGGGUUUGACUUCGUAGAGCUUUCAGGAGGAACGAUGGAAAAAAUCGCUUUUCAUCAUGUACGCGAAUCCACAAGAAGACGCGAAGCGUUCUUUCUCGACUUUGCAGAGCAGAUUCGCCCAGUUUUCAAGGAAACUAUCGUUUACGUCACGGGUGGAUUCCGCACUGCAAGAGGUAUGGUAAAUGCAAUCGAAAGCGGCGCUACGGAUGGCAUCGGCCUAGGAAGACCCGCGACUGCAGAG